AACGAGGGUGGGGAAGACAAAAUGGUGGGCGGAAUCCGCCGCUCCCUAUCCUUCCCUAUUCCGCGCUGCGCCACUCUCAGCCCUCGGCACCAGAAUCCCCUGCGCUGUUCGAGCAUCUCGUGCCGCUUCUACCCCGCCGUCUCCUCCGAGAUCCAAGGCCUCUGGGAGUGGCACGCCGCGCCGCCGCCGCUGUCGGGGUCGCAGAAGUGGAUCGCCGACGGCCUUGGCCGCCUUGACGCCCUCCUAGCAGCCCUCGCCGACCUCCUAUUCCUCCCCAAGGCCCAGGAACCUCUCCGCCGCCGCCGCCUCUCCCCCUGGACCGACCGCCUCCUCGACGACUUCCUCCGCCUCGCCGACGCCCACGGAUCCUUCCGCGCCGCCCUCGCCGAGCUCAAGAGCUACCAGUCCGACGCCCAGGUCGCCCUCCGCCGCAACGACGAGCCCCGCCUCGCCUCCGCAGUCCGGGCCCAGCGCCGCGCCGAGAAAGAACUCAUCCGCCUCGCCGCCGGCAUCCGCGACGUCGGCAGGUCGCCGUCGAUGGCGGCGGCGGAGGAGAAGGAGGACAGCGGGGAGGCGGCCGAGAUGGCGGGGAUCAUGAGAAAGGUGACGGUCGCGGCGGUGGCGGCGUCCGGGGCGGUGAUGGUGCGGGUGGUGGCGGUGUCGAGGGCGGCGACGGAGGCGGCAGCUGGUGGGACGGGGAGGCAAGCGUGGGGGACGGCGGCGGGUUGGACGGGGAGGCAGGCGUGGGUGGCGGCGGUGCUGAGGUGGAGUGCGAGGGCCAGAGCGAUGAUGAAGGAGCGGGAGGAGGGGAGGGAGAGGGAGAAGGAGGAGGAGGCGGCGUGGCGGAGCGCGGCGUUGGAUAAGAUGGAGAAGUUGGAGCAGUGCAUUAAGGCGUUGGAGAGCAGCAGUGAGAGGGUGUUUAGGACCCUAAUUAAUACUAGAGUUUCUCUUCUCAACAUCCUCACUCCUAGCUUCUAAUUUCUCUCCCAUGGAAAAGAAAGCGCAAA